GCUGCUCAUCUGUCAUCUCAUUCUCAUGGCGUCCAUCGUGCUGCUGCUGUCAGAGCUGCUGGGCGGCGAGAGCGCUAGCGUGCUGGCGGCCGACCGCUACAUCAUGGGCGCCCGCCUCAGCCCGAGGGAGUUCCGACCCGCCGUGACCGAGGCGUCGGCCACCAAGCAGAACGAACGGCCGGCCACCGGGACAGGGAGGGCGCGGGAGGAGAGGGGGAAGGAGUCCUUCGAGGACCUUGCGUCGUCCAGGAUAGAGGUCGACGUGAUGUGGCCCUGA